AUGUUGACUGCUGCUGCCUCCUUAUUACCCUCGCUGGUGCUGGCCGUGAUUGUGGUGAUAUUGCUUGGGCGAAAUAUAGGCGAGUCCGCGCAUCGCUCUCCAACUACUCGGUACCGCCAUUUUGUCGUGAACCUUCCCAGAGGCCCACGCAGGCAAUUGCUGAAGACCGUGCGGCUGCCAUACUCCAUGGAUCCGUAUAAUGGCUUCAUGAAUCCUGAGAGCAGCCAGCAUGUGAACACGCGGCCAUACCAUGGAGCAGCCCCUCCACCAAAUCCCUACCCAACCUACCCCAAUCAGGUUACGUAUCCCACUGCGCGACAUGGGGGAGACCCGAGGCAGUGGUCACAACCACUGCAUCCUACGUCCUUUCAGGUCCCAGGCUUGCCUGUCAGCGCCAACGCUGGCGGGCCACAAUGGCAGCCAACGCUGACCGAGAUCGAAGUGGACGGGCCGAGAGAGAAGAUUAGACGUACUAGAACAGAGUGUCGCAAGCGUAAGCAGAGGUGCGAUGGCAGACGCCCAUGCCGGCAAUGCAUGGAGCAAAGGAUCGAAUGUCAGUAUCGCGAUCCACAGCCGCCCACGAAACAGAGCGGUAUAGACCGAGCGAUUCAGCUCGCAGAAGAAAACAAGCUGAGCCUAGCGAUGGCGAACAACAACCUUGAUACUGUAUAUGCCGAAAUGGGCAGGGUCAACCGGCGUCUCGGAGUCGAGGUCGAAAGAAGAAGAGCAGGAACCCAGAUAGGGGACCAGGGCGCCUUGUACCCAACAAAUACAUAG